AAAAUGGAGCGAAAGAAAGGAGAUAGAACGAGUAUAUCUGCUCUCUCUUUUCUGCGGUAUCCCCUCCAUUCAUGCUGCUUGCUCUUGCGUCAAAUCUGGUUGUCAUGGAAACAUAUAGUGUUUACAUCGCGUGUAAAUUCUUCUUAGCACUCCGCAAUUUCGCAUGAAGUUUUAUGCUUUUACGUCAUCUUAAUUCCAGAAAGAAGUAUCCUUUUUGUAUAACACAGCAAUGGAUCUUGAGUUGAGCAAGAUUAUUGUCUCGUUACAAGCAGACGAGAAGAAUCGUCGCAGACAAGCGUUGGAGGAAAUCAUGAAGACCAUAUCUCAGGAAGGAAUGUCAAACAGACUCGACGACGUGAUCAAACUCUGGGAAGGCGUGCACAGAUUUCUAGUUAGGAUGUUGAACGAUAAUACAGAGACGUGUCGAGAUCUGACUGUAGAAAUACUGAUAAUAUUUCUGGAAGCUCUGCCUGUCGACGACAAGCACAUAAUCUACAUUAUACCAAUAAUGUCCAGGCGGCUGGGCGCACAGGAGCAGAUCGAACCGUCGGAAGAAGUGCGGUUGAAAUGCGUGUCUCUUUUGCGAAUGAUAAUAUUAAAGUAUAAGGAUUUGUUGGCGCCAUACAUCCAGGAUGUGACAGGAAUACUGGCGCGCACUGCCAUGGAUAAUUAUCCAAAUGUAAAGAAGGAGAGUUGCAGAUGCAUAUCAGACUACGCUAGAACUCUUCCUAGGCAUUUCUACUCGCAAUCCGAGUAUUUGAUAAAACCAAUCUUAAGCAAUUUUACACACCAGCAUUACAGAGUUCGGCUAGCUGCUGUCAAAGCGAUAGGCGAUGCGCUUCAGUAUGGAAAUAACAAGUCGAUGGAGGAAGUGGCGACACCUUUGGCACAGAGGCUCUUUGAUCAAAGCGGAAUCGUCAGAGAAGCUGUGAUUGAAGUGUCUGGUCGCUGGUUGAUAGAGCUGCCUCACAGAUACAGCUGGUGGCACAGACUUCUACCCUUGAUUUUGACAGGGUUGCACGACGAGCUCGCGGAAAUCCGUGUGAAAGCGGCAGAUAUGUGGGAUGCCGCGGGAAAAUUGUACAUGGAGGAAAACGAGAAUGAUGCAAAGUUGAAGGAUAAAAUGGACUUUCUUACUGAAGACCCAGAGCAUUAUCCUCCAGGAAUUCCUAGACCGAACUUAGGAUGCCGUGAGAUUGCGCAGCAGAAUCUGUCCAAGCUUGUUAAUGGCAUUAGCACCGAGCUCGGAGAUUGGUUGCCGGACAUACGUGUGCGUUCUGCACAAUUGCUCUGUGUAUUGAUAUUGAAUGUGGAGCAGAACGUUACGCAGCAUAUUGAAAAGCUCUUGCCGCCUAUGUAUCGGGCUUGCAAUGACGAGGACAAGAGAGUUGUGCAUUGUGUGGAAACGGCGGCGCAAUAUCUAGGCUAUUUCGUGGAUCCGAAAAUUUACUGCCAUUUGGUGCUACCUACUUUGGAGGAGUCUCUGACAGCCGGACACUUGUGUGUUUUCGCGGCGAUUAUCAGCGGUAGCGAACGGAAAGCUCUCUCGCUACAGCUUCACAAAAUCGCAAACUUCUUGCAACAGCCGUAUAUCUGCCAAAGCAAAAAGAGCAACUACCAACGUCAAGUACUAUCCUGCUGCAACUCUCUUCUCUCAGUUUGUAAAGAGGACUGCAUAUCGAUCACUCAAGCUUUAUUUACCGUGAUAUUCACCACGUAUGCGAUGAGCGUGGAAUCUUCCGUUCGCAAGGAAGCAGACAGACUUCUGGAGGUGCUCGUUGAAAUAAACUCGCUAAAAGACACCGAGGAUCUCUUCUACGAUCACAUAAAGCCACUGAUAGCAUCGAUUCACGACGACUGCGCCUCGUGGUCAGUGUACAGCGCGGAAUCGCAAAUUUUCUGCGCUUCUUUGAGCCGCGCCGGAAUCGCCAUGGCGUGCAACAUGGACCUCAUGUUACUCAUUCUCAAGAAAACCAUGAGCAAGGACGCCGAUCCCGAGCUAAAGCUGCGACACUUUAUUUUGCUUUCCGAGUACUUCUCGAACAAUCAGAAUUUAUAUCAAUACAUUGAAGAUUUGCAUAAAUUUGUGAGCACGAUUCUCGAGGAAUUGAUUAUACCUGCACUCAUUUGGACCGCCGGCAGGGCGGCUGAAACUAUCCGCACAGCCGCAGUUUGCUGCCUCUGCGCCAUUUUGCAGAACAAAAUAAUUAAUCCCGAUGAGAAGACUGAAAUUAACGAAGCGGAUUCGUCUGCGAAUCGAGAGAAUGAGAAACCUAGAAUAUCCAUCACAGUAGAGCAGUUUCCAUCGAUCUUCGAUAAAAUCGUGCCCGUCCUCGUCAGUCUAGUGGACGAUAAAGCGAAGAAGACUAGAUUAUACUCCAUGCACGCCAUUUGUUUAUUGAUAUCAGUUGGACAAAAGCUAUCUUGUCUAAACGAUCAACACAUCCAUAGCACAUAUCCGGUAAUAUUGAAAAGACUCGACGAUGGUUGCGACGACAUUCGCUAUGCUGCUGUGGAAGCACUUGUGGAUGUGUGGAACGCUGCACCUGAAAAUUACGACACUGUCGUCUGCAGAAGUCACAUCGACGCUCUGUACACAACGAUGAUUAUUCACCUGGACGAUCCGGAGUCUCGUUUCCAAGAGAUAAUGCUAGAUGCAUUAAAACACGUUGCAAAGAUUUAUCCCGAGUUCCUGCAACAAAAAUUGCAUAACUGCCGACCAAAUUUUAGGAAUAAAGUAGGAGUAGACGCACUUUUGGAAUAUUGCCAAGCGAUGUCUGACCCUACGGGUGAUCAUGUAGAUGCGUUGGAAGAAGAGUUGGAAGUGGAAUCCAAUUAUAAGCCUCCACCGGAGAAGACCAUCGAGCAGAUCCUGGAGGCGGAUAAAGAGGACGAGAGUCUGCGCAAGUAUAAGGAAACGCUUUUGGGAGAAGCAAAGUCUGGUGGUAUCAUAGUAGAUCCAAGUGAUCCUAGAAAAGUAAUAGUAAAGAAAUUAGCGCUAUGCGUCGUCGAUCGACCAGAUAUGGAGCUGGACUUGACUGGUGAUUUAACUCAGUUGAAAAAACAAACGUUUGUCAUCAAGGAGGGCGUAAGCUAUAGAAUCAGGAUUGAUUUUAUCGUGCAACGCGAGAUAGUACAUGGAUUGAAAUAUGUUCAGAAGACCUAUCGCCUUGGCAUGCCCGUGGACAAGAUGACGCAUAUGGUAGGCUCGUAUCCUCCCAAAACAGAACUCCAGUCUUACACAACUCCGGCCGAGGAUGCGCCCGCUGGUGUCAUGGCGCGAGGUUCCUAUAGCGUCAGUUCUCUCUUCACGGACGACGACAAACACGAACAUCUCAAAUGGGAAUGGGCGUUCGAAAUUAAGAAAGAUUGGAAAGAAUAAGCCAGCCUUCCAUUCCGCUUGGACAUAAAGGAGCCGGAGAGACGAUAAUUACAACUCCUAGCCUUACUACUUUGCAAGUAAUAAUUAAGAACAUGAAAUGCCAAAAUAGACUUGAAAGAAUAAUUUUUAAUGUUCUUUAGUUGUGGUCGGUGUUGCCAUAAAAGAAUUAAUUACUUAUAUAUAAAUAUAUAUUUUAAGUAACAAAAAGAGAAAGAGUAUAAACGGUAAUUUAUUAAAAAUUUUCUUCGGUUGGAUAUUUGAUCAUAGAAGUAGAUUUCGAGAAUUGCAAAGUACACACACAUAUUUUAGUCACUAGUACAAGUGUAGUAAUUACUUAAACGAUGCACGAUGUGACAAAUCAGUAUUUCCGGAAUGAUGAGUGUUAGAUGCAUAACAUGCAGAAGUAAAGUUUACAGUGAAUGUUACAAUUACAUACUAUGGUGAUCUACUAAUAUAUAUAUAUAUAAAAAAAUAAAGUGCUCUAACAGAAAAUAUUUAGAGAAUAUUUGUACAACAUGGUUUUUGGAUGUAAGAAUCAGAUUUGAUAACUGUACAUUUAUUACGUAUUCGAUAUUUUACGCAGUGUACAAAAUCAUAUGCUAACUAUUUAUUGGUUUAAAAAAUUGAUAAAAGAAAUUGUAAGAAAGACAGUCACAGUGCUCUUAUUUUAUUUUAUUUUAUUUCCAUACGAGAAUAUUCUUAAACAGCAAUAUUAUGUCGGUCGUAAACUUUUAAUAUUAUCUUGAAAAGUAGAUACAUUAAUAUUGCAUUAUUAUAAUCUAUAUUAUAUUAAUUACUAACCUCGUAAGCAAGAUAAAUUCUCUAGCAUCUUGUGAAAUGAUUGACACGAGUUUUUGCAUACAAUAAUUAUGGCCAUACUAUUAUUUACAAUAAUUAAAUGUAAUGCAAUAGAUAAAAGAGAUUUUGAAAAAGUCUCUGCGUUAAUAAAUUUUAAUAGGUUUACAUAAAUAGGAAGACUAUUCGUUUCAGAUCGAUGUUAUAUUUUUCCUAUUCAUACGUAUGAGUACACAUUUCCAUCCAAAAUUGAUUGAACUUUCUGCUGUCUAAAAAAAGCUCUCGAUAGAUAAUGCUAUAAAUAAUUAUAAUUAAUUUUUUAUCAUUGCCCGAUAGAGUGAUAAUACUAUUUCUUUAUGUUAUAAUCGUUUCUAUUGCUAUAAUGCAUUUAAACGGCUAAUAUAUUAACUUAUGAUUGUAUUGAAUAUCUGAUGAAUAUGUGAAUGCUAUGUGCACUUUUCAGUAAUGAAAAUAUGCUAUAAGAACGAUUAUAAUAUCUCGUUUUAUACAUACUUUUUCUAGUUGCCAGCAAUUACUAUCGGAUAACAUUAACAUAAAUGCAUAUGUGUGUGCACUGAAAAUUCCAACAACCAUGUUCUUCACAAGAGUAUAUCGUAGCAAAUGUCACAGAAUAAUUAGAAUCGUUGAGAAGAAUCCCAAUCACCCCAGAAAUCGCGCACAUCACCGAGAACUAAUCCGUGUAAAAAUGUGUAUAUCGUAUGGCCAUGUUUAGAGCCUGUGGUGUUUUCACAAUAGUCGUACCAAUCGAUCGUGUAAGCUAGGAUUGCUGCGCAUUUGUAUGAUAAUGAAUGAUGACCAGAGGAAGAAUAUAUUAGAAUAGACGUUUUGUACCUUUACUACGAGCUUCAAGAGAGAAA